AUGAUUCUUCGCCAUAUAUGGUUGAUGCCAGUGCUGUCAGUGGCCUUUACAUUGGCUGGAAUGUUUAGCGGGUAUAUCAUCGGGAUUAUUAGCAAACAUUACCCUCCACUUCUUCCUUUGAUCAGUGAUGGUGGAGCAUACGAACCUGAAGCUGCUGUUUUUGGACAACUUCUCAACAUUGCCAGUUUUCUGUAUAUCAUCACCGUCUACGUAAUACAUUUGCAAAUUUUUGAAUAUUAUGGACAUUAUCAAAAAUUCAAAAGAACGAAAUGGUGGUACGGAUCUCAAGUGUUGAUGUAUACGGGUUAUACAAGUGCCUUUGGACUGAUGUUGGUCGCAAACUUUCGAUACACCGAAAUAGGUACAGUACACCAAAUUGGCGCACUAUUGGGCUUCUUCACCAUGGUGCUAUAUGGAUGGGGUCAUGUAAUCUUCGCCUAUACGGUCAACCCACGACUCAUAUCAUUGCUGCUUUGUCAUUUUCGAUUGCUUAUCAUGAUCGUCACCACUGGCUGCUUGAUCGUUCAAAAUGUGGCUGGUUACUCAAAUAUAUUCGAUGCUAAAGGUGCCGGCGCUUUUCCCGGCUUCAACAAAAUCGACCGUUCCCAACAGUCACCGUUCUAUAAAAGGUUGAUAGCCGCAACAACCACAGAAUGGGGAAUGGUUCUGGCUAUGCAACUAUUCAUUCUGACAUUUGUGGCCGAGUUACGAAUGAUUCAUAUUCAAGCGCCUCGUGUGAUCAUAGUUAGGGAUCGUAAGGACGGAGAAAUAGGUUAA